UCUGCACUGUAGUGACAUUUUCAUGGACGAAUGAAUGCUGCUCUCUUGGAGGAAUCCCCGCUUUGCGAAUCGGUUCAAUCGAAUCAUUUACAAGAAUCAUUCCACAAGAACAACUCGCGAAUCAGUCUUCACGACUCCACAGGCGCUCGCGUCUUCAGGAGGAGAACAGGAGCAUCUUUACUCACUUCUGCAACAGUUUAUCAAACAUUUCCUCCCAGGCUUGUUUCUACGACUAUUAGACUGCACAGCUUGGAACCGUAAACACACUUGAGGAUUAAAAACAAAAGACACAAGAAGAAAAUUCAGCGAUUUUAUAGAGACUCAGAUAUAGAAGGAUGAAGUUAUCGUGCACAGUUUUUCUCCUGCUCAAUUUUUUAUCAAUGUACGACUGUAAUGAUGAAGCGCAGGGUUGUAUGGAUAAGCAUAGAGUGAUGGGGAUACUGCGUCAAAUGGAGAAGUUUCUUAAAGGACAGGAGAUACGAUUCACAGAAGGGCUUCGGAUUAUGAAGUCCAAGCUCACCAACCUUCAAAACUCAGUGUCCAAGCUCCCACAAGCAGACCAGUCCUCAUCUCAAUCCUCAUGUCCAACUCUGGUGGCUCCGGCCCACGGGAGGAAGUUUGGCUCAAAAUACCUGGUGGGUCAUGAGGUCCAUUUCACGUGUUCUCAGGGUUAUCGCAUGAUAGGACCGGGAACACGCGUGUGCCAGGAGAACGGUACCUGGAGCGGAGUCAGCGUCGUCUGUAAAGAUGUGAGCGUGUGCGCCAGUAACCCGUGUCAGAACGCCGGCACCUGUGUGGAGGCUCUGAACCAGUACAAGUGCACCUGUCCACACAACUGGAGCGGCAGUCAAUGUCAAUACCAGACGCAGACAGCGCCUCCGGAGUGGAGCGUCAUGAAUGACCCGGCCUUCAGCCGUAAGCCUCGCUGUGCCAAAGUGGACCGAGCUCAGCACUGCAGCUGUGACGCAGGCUUCCACAUGAGCGGGACCUCAGACAACAGCAUCUGUCAGGAUGUGAAUGAAUGUGAGGUGUAUAAGGCUGACCGUGGAGGGCCUCUGUGUGGCCACGCCUGUGUAAACGUCCCAGGAUCGUACCACUGCUCCUGUCCCACCGGAUACAAGCUGCUCGCUGAUGGAAGAAGCUGUGAGGAUGUGGAUGAAUGUCUUACACAACAGCACAACUGCAGCCGUGGCACCACCUGUAUCAACACCGGAGGAGGUUUCCAGUGCAUUAACCCCGAGUGUCCGCGCUCGCACGGCAACGUCAGCUACGUCAAGACAUCACCUUUCCAGUGUGAAAGGAAUCCCUGUCCCAUGGAGAGCCGUUCCUGUCCGUUUGCUGCUAAGACCAUUUCUUACCACUACCUGUCUCUGCCGUCCAACCUGCGCACUCCGGCCACGCUUUUCCGCAUGGCCACUGCGACGGCUCCGGGUCGGCCGGGUCCAGACAGCCUUCGCUUUGGCAUCGCAGGCGGAGGUGACGCCCGCAGCAUGUUCGUGAUGCAGCGUUCAGACCGUCAGACUGGAGAGCUGAUCAUGGUCCAGCCGUUGCGAGGCCCGCAGGAGCUCAGCGUGGAGGUGGAGAUGUCCGAAUACGCCGACCGCACCUUCCAAGCCAAACAUCUGGCACGGGUCAACCUUCUGAUUUCACCCUACGAGUUCUGAAGAGGCUGCUUGCUGUCUAAAUUGAGUGUUGAUGUUUAGACUUGAAGAGGAAGGAAUGUUUUCCUUGAUGCUAACGCUGAAUGAAUGAGGCUCGAUUUACAGUGGAAACUCAUGCUUAUGUGGAAUAAUGAUUUUUGAGGCAAUAACUCUUAGCCGAUUUGUGUUUUAAGGUGAAAUGUGUCUGGGGUUUUUUUUCUGUGUUAAAAUACUUCCUCUUGAUACUGUUUAACAUACUUCUGUGCAAGAUCGAUCAAAUUUAAAACUUUUAAAGACUUUUUUUCAGAGCUGCAAAAUGAAAUGAAUACUGAGUGUCUAAACAGAACAAACCUCAGAUUAUUUUACUUACUAAGGCACUCACAUUUAUUUAAUUAAAUCAUAUCCAUUUAAAGUUUAAUAAUCACAUUAGGCUAUUUUAUGCCAUCUUUUUUCCAUCCACAAAUUUAAGACAUAUUAAAAUUAUAAUUAAGACUUUUGUUAUAAGUUAUUUAAGUAUGUUUUUUUUUUAAUCUUGAAUUUAAGCCUUGACACCUUUUCCUCUGGUCGUCUGUCAGUCAACCUCUAUCUCAACCAAUGGCAUGAGUUUGGGGGCGGGACUACCUGUUUUUCUCUUUUUUUUUUCGUUACGUCACAAAAAUGACACACUUGACCUUUGACAAACCAUUUCACAAAUCUCAUUGAGACAGUACAGUACUAGCCAAAUGUGUUGUUUCUUUUAAAUGUAUUUAACAAUAUAGGUUGUUGCAAGUGGAAAAUAGUAAAGUGAAGUGUAGAAUGGACAUGAAAGGAAAAAAUCGAGUUGUAAAAAGGUGCGAAUGCUGGGAAGUAACCACGACGACAGCUUAACGAUUGGUUAGAUCAAUCAGUAAGGAGGAGAACAUGGGAUCAUUUUUAAAAGCUAAAGAAUGAACGUCUAAAGACACAAGCAUCAAUUCAACCUGAUGAAGAGAACAGUAAGUUGUUAUUUUAUUAUUUCCUUCUUCUGAUACAUUACAUGGUUAAAUUCAGCUUGUAAAUAUGCACUGCUGUCAAUCAACGGGGUUCACACAGACUGAAAUAAACAGCACUUAGCAUCUACUACAUGAGAGAAGUGCCUAUUUUUAAUUACUGUUCAAUUAUGUUUGUUGGAUGUUUUAUAAUAAGAACAAAAAAAUCUGAACAUUGCUUUUUUUUUUUGUAAUUUUGCAUUUGAAUAUGAUAUAUUGCUCUUUGCGUCUGUUGCUGAUGUUACAUCAGGUUUAGUAUCUAAUACUGAAAUCAACAGCUGUUUCAUUCACACAUUAUUGCAUUCAAUUUCUGUCUUGCACACACACGUUGAAUGUUUCUUAAUUAA